GGUUUUCAAAGAAACAGGAUUGACGUGAGAACAAAACAAAAUCCAAAAUACUAUCCGGAUGGAGGAAGCGGCGGAACAGCGGAGUCCGAUUCGAGUGGAUAUCGAAUACUGCAAUGUGUGCAACUCCAAACCGCAAUGUCUCGAGCUAAGUCGCCUGAUCGAGGAUCGUGUACCGGAAGCCGAGGUGACGUGCCGAAUUGGCCGGCGCGGUUCUUUCGAAGUCCAAAUCAAUGAAACCUUGGUCCAUUCGAAGUUAAGCUCGCUAGCAUUUCCGGACUAUGCUGAGGUAGUUUCGAACGUUGUCGCCGCCAAAGAUGGCCUCCCUGUAAAGAAAGUCAAGGAACAGCCAAUCACCGAUUGCGUUGUCCAGUGA